GUCAGUAUUUAUUGCAAAAUGGUGGAGUGUACUCCGUGACAUAUUGUUUCUCGUCACAUAAUUAUUAAUAUUUCCUUUAGUUUACGUUUAUAAUUGCAAUUAUUUGUUUUAAAAUGGAUUUUGGAACGUUGCUACAUACAGCAAAACAAAAUGAGCACGAGAAAAAAGAGGUCCGAUAUUACAGCACAAAAUUUUCUCCUCCUAAGAAAGAGAAAAAAGAAAAUAGAAAUCUUUCCGUAAAUGUACAAAAAUUUUUAGCUAGGAAAGAAGAAGAGGAAAGGCAAAAAGCAGAAGAAGUCAAAAAGAAGAGAGAGGAACUUUUAGCAUUACGAUCUCAGGAUAAGAAAGCAACCAGAAGGGUAAAUGUCAUGUUAAAACGCACAAAAUCUGCAAAUCAGUCUGUAAUUCAAGAUGCUGUAGACAAAGACAAUACAGCAGUGACAAUAGUAGGUCCUUCACAGCCUGAUGAAGAUGAUUAUGGAUAUGUUUCACAAGAAGCUUCUGCAUUUUACAAUAAAAUGAUGGAAAAAUAUAGUAAAAUGCCAGAAGAGCCAAAAUUUCCAGUGACCUCCAAAAGAGUUAGCUGUAACCUAAAUAGCACAAAAGACCGUGUCAGAGCUGCUCUGGAGAAGGAAAAGGAAGAAGCUAUGAUGCCACACAGAAGGAAACGGAAACAUGGUAAUGAAAAUGAGAAAAGUGACACCUCUGAAGAUCCAGAAUCUGAAAGGAAAGAAGGCAGUGGGCAACCAAACAAACCAAAAUCAAAGGCAAUGCCUCCUCCAAUGAAUUUCAUGGAAAUACUCAAACUAGCUGAACAAAAACAGCAUGAGCCAAUUGUAAUUCAACCAAAACCUAAAGAGGAUGAGGGCCCUCUCAUGACCAAGAAACAAAAAAGAGAACAUGAGAAAGAAAGGCAGCGUUUAGAAGCAAAAGAAGCUCGAAUGAAGGCAGAGAAAACACCACCUGUGGAUAAAAAUCAAAAAGGGAAAGGUAUAGAUAAUGGAUUUAAAGUGCCUAAACCAUCAGAAUCUCAUGUAAAUGGUUAUAAGGCAGAAAAACUUACUUCAAACGGAAACAUUUCGGUUUUACCACCCAAAAUUUCAAAAAUAAAUGCACGCAAUUCGCUAGAGAAACCCAUUCUAAAAAAUGACAGGGUACUUGAAAAGAAGCCAGAAAAAAAUUCAACAAAAUAUGUUGACAACAGCAGUUCAAAGGAAAAAAGAAACACACCGUUAAGUAGUACAGAUUUAAAAGACAAACAAAAACAGAAUAUCCUUAUAGAAAGACAAAAACUUCUGGAUGCCAAGAAUAGACAGAAACUGGAAGAGUUAAAGGAGCUUCAAGAAUUAGAAGAACUCAGAGAAAAGCAAAGACAGUUGCAAGAAUUAGAAAGACAGAAAUUGCAAAAACUUCAAAAAAUAAAAGAAAAAGAGAAACUUAUCCAGAACAGCCAGUCAACUAAUAACAAGGUGCCUUCUACUUUAAGCAAGUCUCCAUCAAGUGUAAAUCACACCAAACAAAACAAAGUUACUGAUGUUAGAGACAAGACAAUAAGCUCGAAACUUCCAGCAAAAGCAAAAGAUCUUCAGCCCAAAAAGUUCCCUCCAAAUGACCUGAAACCAAAACAGGUUCCUCUGAGUGAUCUCAAACCAAAACAAUUUCCACCUCCUGAUGUUAAGCAAAGACCUCCACCAAUAAAAAAACGUCGUAUUUUGGAUGACGAUGAAGAAUAUGAUUCAGAAAUGGACGAUUUUAUUGAUGACGGACCAGAAGAAGAGGCAGACUACUCUAAAUACAUACGAGAUAUUUUCGGCUAUGAUAAGAAUAAAUAUAAGAAUAUAGAUGAUGAAGAUGUAGAGGAGGCAUCAUUCCAUCAGCAAUGGAAGGAGGAAAUUAUUAGUACAAAAAUCGGUAUAAUGGAGGACUUGGAAGACAUGAAGAUGGAAGAAGCGGAGAAACGUCGAAAAGCUAUGCAGAAGAAAAACCGGAAAUUAUAACUAAAUUAUGUAAGUUAUAGCAACUAUAAAUAUGUGAUAACUAUUUCUAACUUAAGUAGUUUUUUUUGUUAUUAAUUACGCAUCUCUAUUUAUAAUUUUGUUUUAUAUUAAUUUUUAAAACUAUUGUUACGACGUUAUUUAUACAAAAAGAUGUAUAUAGUGUUUAUAUUAUUAUAUAAUAGGCAAUUUUAUUGUAAUGCAUUUCCGUGGUAUACAUUGUAUUAUAUAAGUAUCGGGAGUAAUGUAUUUUUAAUUAAAAGUAAUUUCUUAAUUUUA